AUGGGUCUUCAACCUGAACAUUAUACCAUGAAUGCUCUGCUUCUUGGACUGAGCGACGAGGGCAAGAUUAAAGAGGCAAUGGGGUUGUUUUGGAAAAUAUUGAAGAACGAUUACCCAUGUGAUCAAUACACUUACGUUGUUUUGUUGAUAAAGAUGAUUGCGAAUAGAAGCUUUGAACCUGAUGUGAUGUGCUAUAGUAAAAUUAUUGGUGGAUUUUGUAAAGAGAAACGAAUGUAUAAGGCUUUGAUUAUCUUUCAAGAUAUUUUAGAUGAGAGAAUUGAGCCAGAUGUUGUUACUUUUAGUUCCUUAAUCAACGGUUUUUGCAGCGUUGGCAAAUGGGAUGAAGCAAAACGUUUAUUAGUUGUCAUGGUUAACAAGGGGAUUUCUCCUAAUGCGUAUAUUUUAAAUGCUCUUAUUGCUCCUCUUUGCAACGAUGGGAAGAUCCAAGAAGCAAUAUCUCUGUUCAAUUUAAAGACCCAAAAAGGCAUAGAGCCCGAUGCUGUCACUUAUAAUAUGCUAAUUCAUGCCUCAUGCAAGUUCCACAAGUGGAAACUAGCCACAAAAUUCUUCGAAAACAUGAUUGCAUAUGAAAUUUCACCUGAUGUUGUGACUUUUACUUCCUUAAUAGAUGUUUUGUGCAAGGAGGGGAAGUCAUCAAAGGCUAUGGAAAUUCUGGAACCAAUGGCUCGUACAGGGGUGAAACCAUGUUUCAUCACUUAUAAUUCUUUAAUUCAUGGGUUUUCUCAUUCUGGACGGUGGGAAGAAGCGACAAGCUUGCUCGAUAGGAUGAUGAAUGGCAGAGUCCAUCCUGGGGUACUAACUUUCAAUUCUAUAAUCAAUGCUUUAUGCAAGAAAAGGAGGAUUGAAGAAGCCAUUUCCAUGUUCGAACUAAUGAGAGUCCAUCCUGAUGUGGUAACCUUCAAUUCUUUAAUUGAUGCUUUAUGCAAGGAAAAGAGGAUUGAAGAUUCCAUUGCCAUGUUGGAAGUAAUGAGACAGAGAAAUGUAAAGCCCAACAUUGUCACAUACAAUUGUUUGAUAAAUGGAUUGUGCACUUCAAAUAAAUGGAAAGAAGCAACAAACUUGCUUGAUAGAAUGAUGAAUGAAGGAGUCCAUCCUGAUGUAGUAACUUUCAGUUCUUUAAUCGGUGCUUUAUGCAAGAAAAAGAGAACAGAAGAAACCAUUUCCAUGAUGGAACUAAUGAGUCAGAGAAAUGUAAUACCCAACAUUGUCACCUACAAUUGUUUAAUUCAUGCAUUGUGCAGUUCAAAUAAAUGGGCAGAAGCAACAAGAUUGCUCAAUAGAAUGAUGAAUGAAGGAGUCCAUCCUGAUGCAGUAACUUUCAAUUCUUUGAUCGAUACUUUAUGCAAGGAAGGAAGAACAGAAGAAGCCAUUUCCUUGUUGGAAGUAAUGAGUCAGAGAAAUGUAAAACCUAACGCUGUCACCUACGAAUGUUUGAUAUGUGGAUUGUGCAAAUCAGGCGAAUGCGAAGAAGCAACAAGACUGCUCAGUAAGAUGGUCGCCGAGCAUAUUGUUCCUUUUAUUAGAACUUUUAACAUUUUGUUGGAUGCUAUUAUCAAACAAGGAACAAACGAUAAAGCUCGUGAAGUAUUGAAGGUAAUGGAUCAACAUAGUGUGCAGCCUAAUGGAUUUACUUGCAGGACAAUGAUCAAAAUGUAUUGCGCAGUUGGUGAAAUGAAUAAGGCAAAGGAUGUCUUUGAUACAAUGAUAACCCAGGGUUUUGAACCUGAUUUAGCGGCUUAUAAGGUGUUGAUUAAUGGUUAUGCGAAGAGCAAAAGAAAUGAAGAGAUCAUGAGGCUUGCUGAAGAAAUGAUCCAAAAAUGA